AUGAAGAUUGGAGAAUAUGUAGUUGCUCCAGUCAGUCGCCAGUUUGGUUAUUUGUUUUCAUAUGAGAGAAAUAUUAAGAAUCUGGAGAAGCAGGUCCAAAACCUGGAAGAUAAAAGAUUUGGAGUACAAAAAUCAGUUGAAGAAGCAGAGACAAAGAGAGAAACUAUUGCACCAGAUGUCGCGCGGUGGUUGAAAACAGUGAAUGAACUCAACGAAGAGGCUAAGAAAUUCCUCGAGGUUGAAUUGAAAGCAAACGAAGGGUGUCUGAAUGGGCGGUGUCCAAAUUUGAAGUUACAAUACUCCUUGAGCAGAAAAGCUACAAAGAAAACUCAAAUUGUGGAAGAGCUACGUGGAGAAGGAGAUUUCUCUAGAGUGUCCUAUCCUGCAGUUGCACCUUCUGUGGGGACAACAUUUGCAUUCACUAAAGGUUUUAAGGGGUUUGAAUCUAGAAGAUUGAUUAUGAAUGGAGUUAUGGAGGCACUGACAGAAGAUAGUAUUUAUGUGAUUGGGAUAUGUGGGAUGGGAGGGGUUGGUAAAACAACUAUGGUGAAAGAAGUUGCCAAGAAAGCGGAAGAAAAGAAGAUGUUUCAUAAAAUCGUGAUGGUAGUAGUGUCGCAAAACCCAGAUUUGAUUAAUAUUCAAGGUGAGAUAGCCAAAAUAUUGGGUUUUGAAUUAUCUGGGGGAAACAAUUUAUUUGCCAGAGCAGGGGAACUAGGAUCAAGAAUAUUGAUGGCAGGAAGAAUCCUUGUAAUAUUGGAUGAUGUUUGGAAGAGACUAGGAUUGAAUGAUAUUGGAAUUCCAUGUGGAGAUCAUUACAAGGGUUGCAAAAUUGUGAUGACUUCAAGAAGUGAAGAUGUAUGCAUUGGCAUGGACACAGACAAGAAUUUCAAGGUUUGGUGUCUUAAGUGA